AUUAAUUAGAUAUCUUUUCUGUGUUGAAUCAUGGUUUCAGUGAACAAACCGACGGCACCACCAGCCCAUGGUGAAGCACCGCCAUCAGAAUAUGGGCAACCACCACCACCACCACCGCCGCCAACUGGCGUACCUAUGCAACCAUCUCCGUCGAUGCUGCAAGUGCAGGGCAACCUCCCUGGGCCUUGGUCCACUGGCCUUUGCGACUGCUUUUCUGAUGUUUCUAACUGUUGCAUAACAUGUUGGUGUCCCUGCAUUACAUUUGGACAGAUUGCUGAGAUUGUUGAUAGAGGAUCCACCUCUUGCGGAGCGAGUGGGGCAUUAUAUGCGCUGAUAUCGUACUUCACGGGAUGUGCGUGGAUAUACUCUUGCACCUACCGUUCGAAAAUGAGAAGCCAAUACAUGCUAGCGGAGGAUCCUUGUCCCGAUUUUCUUCUACACCUUUGUUGCGAGUCCUGCGCUUUGUGCCAAGAGUAUCGUGAGCUCCAACAUCGUGGCUUCGACAUGAAUCUUGGAUGGUUUGGAAAUGUUGACAAACAUAAUCAAGGAGUGACAAUGGCACCAUUUGUUCAAGGAGGAAUGAAUAGAUAAGUUGUAUUAUUUGGAUUCCAAUUAGCUGUCUUGUUUGUAUGUAUUUUUUCGUUUUAUUCAAUAAUUGUGUGGUGGAAAGAGCGGUUAUGAAGAUGGGUGCAUUUUAUUUUAUUUAUUUUAUUUUUUUAUUGAAUUGUAACGUGUGGUUUGAGUGUGAUUUGUGAUAAUAUAGUGGAUGUAAUAAGGUCAAGUUUUUAUUGUGAAUUUCAUAAUAAUG